UAAAGUAAUCACUAAUCAGUAAUCACAAUUAUUAAAAACAAAAUUCUCUUCAAAAAAAUAAAGGGACGGAUUGAAAAGUUGCACAGUAGGCUUGGGAGUGUCACUUUCUGAAUCAAAAGGUUUACAACUACACCACUUCGAGAAAGACUCCCUUGUACAGAUCUAAUCCUUUUCAAGCUCCAAUUCGUUUACUUACCCUUUUCCAAAAGAUUGUUCCUUUUCUUUUUGUUAUUACUCUUCCUCGCUAGCGUUUCUGUAUCUUCGCUAGAAAAGAAAAGAAAAACAAUAUUCUUGCGAUUCCCAAGUUUAGUAACUGCAUUCGAUGCUGCAUGCAGUUCCCAAGACCCUUUCAGAUUGCUACUUCUUCUCAUUGGGUUUCAUUGUCUCUCUGCCGCGUGCUGUAAAAAGAUUGUUCCUUUUUGAUUGUUAGCUGCUGCUACUAAGCUUAAUGGAUUCUCAGAGGGUUAUUGUUGAAGACCCUAAAUCUCAGUUCUUGAAUAGGCAGCAAGGCUCCUCUCUCUAUACCUUAACACUCGACGAGGUCCAAACCCACUUGGGUAGUUCUGGUAAAUCACUUGGAAGCAUGAAUCUUGACGAGCUUCUCAACGAGGGUCUCUCUCGUCAGGGGAGUUUGGCUUUGCCGCGUGAUCUCAGCAAGAAGACUGUUGAUGAGGUCUGGAAAGACAUUCAGCAGGAUAAUAAGAAUGGUGGGAGUGCUCACGAGAGGAGAGACAAGCAGGGUGCGCUUGGGGAGAUGACGCUUGAGGACUUGUUGUUGAAAGCAGGUGUUGUGGCUGAGACUAUCCCUGGUUCGAACCAUGACGAUCCUGGUGGUGCUGCUGGUUUAGCUCCAUGGGUUCAGUAUCAUCAGCUUCCGUCAAUGACACAGCCUCGGUCAUUCUUGCCAUAUCUGGUUGCAGACAUGCAAGUGAUGGUGUCUCAGGCUUCUUUGAUGGGUGGUUUGUCAGAUACGCAAACUCCAGGAAGGAAGAGGGUGGCGUCAGGAGAAGUUGUGGAGAAGAUUGUUGAGAGGAAGCAGAAGAGAAUGAUUAAGAACAGAGAGUCUGCAGCUCGUUCUCGAGCUAGGAAACAGGCUUACACUCAUGAGCUAGAGAUCAAAGUUUCACGGUUAGAAGAGGAAAACGAAAGACUCAGGAGGCAAAAGGAGGUAGAGAAGAUACUCCCAAGUUCACCACCGCCUGAUCCCAAGCGGCAGCUCAGACGAACAAGCUCAGCUCCUUUCUGAUCUCAAAACUUUUUUACACUUUUGUCGGUUUGCGUAUAUAAAAAAAAAGAGAGAGGAAAACAUCUUUGUUUCUUUGUACAUUCCGUAGAGUUUCUGUUCUUGGCUUGGAGCAAUGCUAUUAAGUUUCUUGUUUUAGUAGCAGCAUCAAUCUUUUUCUUUGAUAUCAAAUUUGGUUGUGGAACAGAGGAAGAAAACUUGAGUUUGUAGAUUUUGAAUACAACAAUACUUUAUAAGUAUGUCUGUAAAUGGAUCAGUCAGAAAGGGAAACUGUUUGAAUUUGCCAAGCUUUACACUUAUGUGCCAGCUUUGUUCUCAAAUGUAGAACAUUAUCUUAAAUUUAAUCUUAAGAAUCUGUUUGCUAUAUGUUCUGCAACAGCCAAGCUUGACUUUAAACCAUGCGGUGCCAAAGAGAUUCACAAGACCAGGAACUUCAUUAGUCUUCUCACUUUAACAAAUAAGUAGAGGCUUGGGAACACAAAUGCUUUCACAACAAAAACCAAAAUGCCAUAGUGAACUAAGUAGUUGUACGGUCCUUAUACCCAUCCCUUGCAUCAGAUUCUUAUGGAAGCAUUCCCUUUAGCACACUUUUAAGAAAAUUUUAUGCUGAAUCCAUCUUUCCAUUAUCCAAUCAAGUGUGUCUUUUGCAUUCUUCAGGAGAAUGUCGUGGACAACAAGCCGAAGCUUGGUUGUGGGUGCAGAUUAGAUUCUCACCAUCCUGCUCUUAAAGUAAUGAAAGUUCCAUACGUACAAGACUAAUACAAGCGCUCAGGACUAAUAAGCUUCUGGUGAAAAGUCGGGAGAAACAGAAAGAUCUCCCCACCCAUGAAACUGCUCUUUCUCUUCGUGAGAUUCUACUCUGCAGCUGCAUUUUCUACGUUUAUAAGAGAAACAGGAGACUCUGGGACGUUCUGUCUGCUGCAUUGGCUGUAAUUGUAGUUGAAUACAUAGGAGCCUUAAUGCAUUCCAUUACUCAACAUGUUUAACUAUUGGAAGUCUCCCUUGAACUGUUCCUAGACUCAUUCAACUAUAAAUUAAAAAAAAAAAAUCAUCAUCAGUUUUUUUGUUUUUUGAAUGAAUGUUAAAUUUAUUCAAGACAAAAAACACUUUUGUACAUAGUUGUGUCAUUGUUUGAAAGGAUUAAAAUUGUAAAACUACUCUAGAAAAACACUUUCAUCUAGUAGCAAACCACAUUCCCAUAGCUGUGCUAUAUCAUCAUCAGUUUUGCAAACAGUAUUGCGCAAAUCUUUAAGCUUUCGUGAUGAUUCCAAUGGAUGCAAACCCUUGGCUGCCUUACAGGUUUUAGCUCAGACCUUGGAAGCAACAACACGACCGAAACAGUGCUCGAGUCGAGUCUUGUCUGUAUAGCCUUGUAUUUGAUCUUGACUUGAAAAACUAUUGCUUCACUGCAGAGCAUUUGGGAUCAUCUUCAAAAUCUGUGACCAGAACUGGAUAACCAAACCGAUGAAAUCAACCCUUCAGGCUAAACCGAAAAAAAGACAAUGGAGACUCAACCGGCGUUGUAUUGCUUGCGUUUCUUAUAGUUAAGCAAAGAGAUUUUGUUAUAAACUCCCCACAUCGGUAAGAUAGAGAGGCAGUGGUCAUAAGCUUGCACUAUAUAAUGAAGCCGAGUCCAUCCAUACAAAUCAUACCUUUCUCGGCCUUUUGGCUAAGAUCAAGUGUAGUAUCUGUUCUUAUCAGUUUAAUAUCUGAUAUGUGGUCCAUCGGACCACACGAUAUUAACUCUAUUUUUUAAGGGUGAAAGCCCAAUAAGAUAGCUUGCUAUCUGGGCUUUCGCGAGUCGUCCAAGCGUUGCACUACUGCAUGGACCUGGCUCAACCCA